AUGGCUCCUGGUUUUAACAUCUUCGACAUGACGCAAGUUUGUCAAGACCGUUUCCAUGCGACCAACAACCAGUUCCAGCAAUCGGGUCCAAAGGGUUUCAUCGAAGUGAAGGUCCUCGAGACCAACGACAUCUACGUGCGCGUGGACUUGCCCGGUGUUCCAGACGACGCCGUCCGCUACAGAGUCGACGGCGUGAGGCAAAAGGUCGUCUUUUUCUCCGGCGAGACUCUCGACGACGGUGGGGUUCGUGAGUACUCGGGAACCACGGGUUUGGGCUGUGACUGCUGCGAUAUCACCGGAGUUGAUGCGAAGAUGAAAGAUGGAGUCUUGAAGAUGGUUGUGUCGAGGGUCAAGGUGAAGGACCACGAGAACAAGUGUAGUCUCACUCUGCCUCCUCCUUUCACAGGUAGAUCUGGAAGUAAGGUGGAGGCUCAUCCAUUUGUGGUGAGAGGUCGUAAGGGAGCAAACUAUACGGAGUCAAGAGCUGAUGGAAGCCUUUAUCUCGUUGUGGAUAUGCCAGGGGUUAGUGAAGGUGAUGAAGAAUUGAUUCGUAGAGAGUACGAAGUCAAAUUCACAGGCGAGGCGAAGCAUGUGAGCGAGCAUGACGAAGGUGGCCGUCUUUACGUCGGAAAAGUCGGCGGCACUCCUGAUUUUGGCACUCCUUCGCUUGUGAGGCACACCGUCACUGGUGAAAUCAAGUUUGGGGUUUUCAAGAUCCUCAUCACACCUCCUAGCAACAGCAACAACGAGUAA